GAGGAGUCAUGCUAUAUACUAGACCUUCCUGAUACUAAUAACACCUUCUCUAUAUUCCAUUCCAGCCUCCUCUAUCCUUUUCAUGAUAGCAACCAUGCAUGCUUCCUCUCCUAUUACAUUCUCUGCCCAGGUCUGAUUAUUACCAUAAAUGGCAUUGAGGAAUUUGAGGUAGGGGCCAUCAUCAACAAGCAUUACUAG